AUGAUGGAGGCAAAGGCCGACAGUCCUGUGGAUGUCCAACUUCCUGAGUACACCGCCGCAGAGGUCACAUCGCAUAACCGCAAAGAUGAUAUCUGGAUCAUUGUUCAUGGCAAAGUUUUCGACAUCACAAACUACCUCCAAGAUCAUCCUGGAGGCGCAGAGAUCCUCUUAGAAACGGCGGGUACAGAUGCCACGGAAGCGUUUGAAGAUGUUGGCCAUUCCGAGGACUCGGUAGAGAUCAUGCAGGAGUUCUUAAUCGGCACUCUGAAAGGUGCUAAGGAAUAUGUCCCACCCAAGAAGGUCCAACUGGUUGCCCAGAAGCCAGAGACCGUGCGUCAACCAUCUGGGAGCCGCCCAGUUGGGGCAAUCGCUGGUGUGCUUGGAGUAGUGGCAUCCAUACUGUAUGCCUAUCAACGGGGCACCUUUGGCUCCCUGGUCCCAAAGAAUGAGUUCGGCCAACUGAUUCCUCAGUAUUUCACCGGAAUCAGGUUGCCUCGUGGAGGGUUCACCAAUGGCUUUCUUACAGCUGCAGCCAUCUCUGCGAUAGUUGGCACAGCUGUGGCCCGUCAAGCAGCAAAAUUCACCAAGAUUGACUCAGGCUUCUUGCGCUACCCUCCACAUAUCAAAGCCCGAAGCGUGAUGAAGACUGACCCGCACUUGGCUAAAGGAUUUCUGGAUGCCAAAGAAUUCAAGAGCUUGCCUUUGGUUGAAAAAGAUCAACUAUCUUCUAAUGUCUAUCGAUUCGUGUUCGCUUUGCCCAGUUCUAAGGGAGUGAUCGGGCUGCCUAUUGGACAACACGUAGCCAUACGCGCAGUUGUUGACGGAGCGACUGUAUCGCGAUCAUAUACUCCCGUGUCAAAUAACCUGGACCUCGGUCGCUUGGAGCUAGUCGUCAAGUGCUACCCUGAAGGCCUGCUCACCGGCCGGUACCUAGCCAACUUAAAGGUGGGAGAUGAAGUUGAGUUCCGGGGUCCCAAGGGAGCGAUGCGUUAUAACAAGGGUCUCUGCACCAAGCUAGGCAUGGUCGCUGGAGGAACAGGCAUCACGCCUAUGUAUCAGCUCAUUCGUGCGAUCUGUGAGGAUGAGCGGGACACGACUGAGAUCAGCUUGCUCUACGCCAACCGCACAGAGGCAGACAUCUUGCUGAGGGAGGAACUAGAGGCGUUUGCGCACAAAUAUCCCAAGAACCUCAAGCUUUGGUAUAUGCUGGAUAGUGCUCCAGAUGGAUGGGCCUAUGGAACUGGCUUUGUGAACCAGGAAGUCCUUAACCAACAAUUACCGGGUCCGUCUGAGGAUACUAAGGUCCUCCUGUGCGGGCCUCCCGGCAUGGUCAACGCAACCAAGAAGACGUUGGCGGCCAUGGGAUUCCAAAAGGCGGGAGCGGUGUCAAGGAUGAGCGACCAAAUUUUCUGUUUCUAG